UGUAUAAUAUAAAGUAUAUAUCUCUGUCUCUCUAUACUAGUGGUUUCUUUCCAUCUUGUUCUCUAUAUUGGACACCGCAUGUUGGUCCCUUUGCCUCCUCAACAACUAUUACUACUACAUGAUCACCAUCACCGCCGCUACCGCCACCGUCAGCACCGCCGCGUAGUGUUGUGUAUCAGAAAUGUCGCAGAAGCGACAGCAAGACGACGGCAAGGCUCGAUCGGAGGCCACAAGUUCCGACGAAAAGCGUCGAAAGCUUCCUUCUCUCCGAAAUGUGGUAAUGGAGAUGAUGAGCUUGCACAGAGUCCAGCGUUGUAUGGAGCCAGUUCUGGAGCCCUUGAUUCGUAGAGUUGUAAAAGAAGAAGUUGAAUUAGCUCUAAGAAAGUAUGUGACCAGCAUAAAGCGGAAUUGCGGGAAAGAGAUACGAACUUCUGAAUCAAGAAGCUUACAAUUACAGUUCCUGCCCAAAAUCUCUCUUCCUGUAUUCACUGGAACUCGUAUUGAAGGAGAAGAUUGUCACACCAUAAAAGUGGCCUUAAUUGAUUCUCUUACUGGGCAAGUUGUUUACUCUGGCCCUGAAUCCUCAGCAAAGGUGGAAAUAGUAGUUCUUGAAGGAGAUUUCGAUGGUGAUGAAGGCGGCAAUUGUACACUUGAAGAGUUUAAGAAUAACAUUGUUAGAGAAAGGGAAGGGAAGAAACCCCUCCUAACUGGGGAUGCAUUUUUAAAUCUGAAAGAAGGAAUUGGUUUUGUUGGGGAGAUUUCGUUUACAGAUAAUUCAAGCUGGACAAGGAGCCGUAAAUUUAGGCUGGGAGCAAGGGUAGUGGAUAAUUUUGAUGGAAUCAGAGUAAGCGAGGCAAUGACUGAAUCCUUUAUUGUCAGGGAUCACCGUGGAGAAUUGUACAAGAAGCAUCAUCCCCCAUCUCUGCUUGAUGAAGUAUGGCGGCUGGAAAAAAUUGGCAAAGACGGAGCUUUCCACAAGCGUUUGAGUAGGGAGAAAGUCAACACUGUGAAGGAUUUUUUGACUCUGCUCUAUUUAGAUCCUAUGAGGCUUAGAAAUAUCCUUGGCACGGGUAUGUCUGCUAAAAUGUGGGAACUUACCAUAGACCAUGCUGGGACAUGCACACUCGAUUCUAGGUUGUACUUCUACUGUCCUCCUCAAUCUGAGCCGAAAGCUGGUGUGGUUUUCAAUGUUGUGGGACAAGUUAUGGGACUACUUUCAGAAUGCCAAUAUACUCAUGUUGAUAAGCUCUCCGAGACGGAAAAGGCCGAAACCAAUAACUUGGUAAUCGCCGCAUUUAAGCAGUGGGAGCAUGUAGUCUGUUUUGAAGAUGAGGCCUCUCUCAUGAACGCUUCAUCGUGCUUGUUCAAUAACGUUCUCUACUCCGAUUCGACCAUGGUGGAGACUUCUGGUGGAAAUAAGAUUGGUGGGUUCGAUUAUCCACAAGCAAGUGCAUGUUCUCCUGAUAUCAUACCAUCCAUUUAUUCUAUGGCGGGUGUGAAUAGCUUGGAUGAUUUUGGCUUGCAUAACAUUGACAGUAUGGAUCUUACAUACGACCAUGACCAACCUUUCGCGAACUCCCUAAUCUGUGAAACUGAAUCCAUAACCCAAGUUUUUGAUGACGAUGAACACCUGCAGUAUUUUGAUGCUGAUUGUCCUCUUCGGUCUCAGAAUUCGGAUUUGGCCUCGCAGUCUGAUCUGUGCAAUGCUGUCAAUGGCUUUCUAUUGGCUCGUUCUGCUGCUUUUGCUCAGAUGAGAUGGACGAAGCUAUUCAGUGUGCUGAAGUGGUUCUCUGUAAGGAGGAUUGUGGCAAUGAAAAAACUUAGUCAGAGAAGAACUGAGAGACUGUUGAUGAGCCGAGAGAGUGGUUCUCCGUAAGCAAGAGAUUUCAUUCAGAAAAUGCAAAAUGUAUGACUAGUAAGCGCUGCCCAACCGGACAUCGUGUGCAGUUGUAGGGCAGGACGAGUUUUUCACUUGAUGUAUGUACAACCUGGUAGCUUGUGAAUGUCAUGGCUCAGUGGUGUAGAUGUUUUUAGCUGUGGUGGACAUUGACUAAAGCUCGAAGUUUGAGGCUGUACAAGGCCGGUUGGGUUUCAUACCAUAUCUUCAUUUUGAAUGGAAGCAUUUUUGUUUAAUUGAAAUUGUCUCAAAUGCAUUCUUUUUCUUUGUC